AUUAAUGAGUGUAAAACUCGAGGAGGGACAAACUCAGCUGCUGAACUCUCAGGAAACUUUCCCUCUUUUUGCCCCCAACCUCCCUCCCUUCCGGGCUGUGUGCAGGAGUGAGCACAGGACCUGCAGACCGCUGUGGAGGAGCUCAGAGGAAACACAGGACAUUUAGUAACAAUGUGAGAAACUUCACUUUUUGCAAACUAGGGUGAUCUGCUACCAAACCCGAGAAGGACUACAGUGGACGAUUCAUUUCACUGACACUGCUUAACUUUCUCUUUUGGGCAAAGUGAUCCAGCAGAAACUUUAUGAUGAAGGUUUUCUGUGAGCGCACGGUGCGCACGCUAGUUUUGGCACUUCUGCUUUGCGCGCAGGCCGGUUUGGGCUUCUCGGUGGCCGGCCAGCAGGAGAGCACCUGCGAGGCCAAUGGAAGCAUAUACUACGUCGGGGAAUGGUACUUUCUGGACUCCGAUCACUGCACACAGUGUGAGUGCACCGCUGAGGGCUCAGCAUGUGCGCGCACUGAGUGCACCUCUCUGCCAGCUGCAUGCAUCCAUGUGAGCCACUACCCCACCGACUGCUGCCCCCGAUGCGAGAAGAUCGGCUGUGAGUACCGAGGGGUGGUGUACGAGCUGGGGCAGAACUUCCAGCCAUCAGAAUGUGAGCAGUGCACUUGUGACAGUGAUGGCAUCGCCCGCUGUCUAGUAGCAGAUUGUGCUCCUCCACCAUGCGUCAACCCCGUCUACCAGCCUGGGAAAUGCUGCCCCGAAUGCAAGGACGGUCCAAACUGCUACGCUGACGCAUCACGCAGCCAGGUGAUUCCUGCAGGAGAGCCUGUCUGGGUCGACUCCUGCACCAAGUGCCGCUGCCACGACGGCCAGGACGCCGGCUACUGGGAGGGAAACCGCCUGGCAACCUGUUCCCGCCUUAAAAACUGUAAACCAGAACAACCAUCCGCCCAGCAAAAGUGAUUCGCUUUGUCAGCACAGAACCAGCUGUAAUCUUACCACACAUUUCUUUUGGUGGCUGAUGUGCUGCACAGGUUCUGUUUCAGCACUUCCUGUGGUACAAAUGAUGUACAGCCACAUGUAAAGAUCGUCUGCAAAAAUGUAACUUUUUGGGAAAAGCAACCAAAGAAAUCUUUUGAGAACACAACAAGCUGCCCAAAAUGUCUUCUGUAAUUUAACGAGGAUAAUUUAUCCAACAUUUUAUUGCUGCAAACAAGCCUGAAAUUGGAUCAGUAAGAACAGAUCAGACUUUAUCUCACUGGAGAUGAUGAUUUUUAGUCCUUGACAAAACAAAAUUAGGUCAAGAAAACUGGGAUUAAAACUAUUUCCAUUUUAAAAAUGUGGUCUGCAGUGUUGUAAACGUACAGUUGUUUGAUUUACCGCAACACUCCAGCCCUUGUUUCUAACAGGAAUAAGAAGAAAGAACAUUGAUCCUUAGAAAGUGACCUUGCUCCAGAUUACUUUUUAUUUGUUCUGCUUGUCUACAGUUUUUUUUAAAAGAAAGGUCAAUUACAUCAAUAUGUUUUUAGAGAGAGAGUCGUGAGCUUUUAUAGACUUUAGUUACCCGGGAGGUAUUUUACGCAGCGUAACAAAGCCAAUAAGAUUAUAAGAAAUUAUAAUUGACUCGUCACCGGUUGAUGCAGUGCCAAAAUGUGUGCACAGCUGUGAUGCAAUUAAGACUAGAGAAUGAAUGCGAGGAGCAAUAAACUACUUUGUAAAAGUUCUAUCAAUCUGGUUCUUCACUUUCCAAGCUAAUUGAAAUGUAAUGUAUGAGAGGAUGACCUGACGUAUGACUGUGCUGUAGGUGUAAACACCUGCGAUAUUUGAGAGUAAUGUCAUUUAAUGGAAUGUUAGUCAUGCUUGUACACUGUAGAGCAGAAAAUCAAUCUGUAACUUGCUGCUUUAUUCAUUUUUCACCGGAAAGAAUCUGUAGCUUUUAGAGCAACAACUUUCUGCUAUUCACACUGUUAAAGUGAGCAGUUAUCUGUUACUGUUUGUAGAAUCAAAGUGUAUGAUGAUAUGUAGCAUGAAGUAUAUUUUGAUUUUAUACAGCUUUAUAUGCAGAACAUCUCUCAAUAAUUUGCCAUCAUUUACCACUUCAGCCAGGAGAGAUCUUACAAUUAAAACAAACAAACAAACAAAAUCUCUAUCUAUACUGUAUGUUUGUGGGAUUUGAGAACCAGGCUGCUGCUACAUGAAGUACAACACUGCAAAUGGCAAGUCACAGAUGGAAUUCUCCCUUUUCUAUGUAAGGUUUGAGAUUACAUUUUAACUUCUGCACUUACGAAGCUGUUUGGCAUCUUGGGAUUUUAUUUUUUUCUUGCGGGGGGUUACAUGAGAGGAUCAGGACCACUCAGAUGUCUUUAAUGUAGAUCUGAGCAGCUAUAGUUGAACACAAAAACUGGAAACUUUUGGAAGCAGCCAGUCUGUCUCAGUCUCUGUUAGUCAAUAUCACCUUCUCAUACCUGGUGUUGUUUGAUAAUUGGUCCCAUCCAUGAAAUAGUCCAGUACAUGCGGUUUUGCCAAUAUAUAACAUAUAAUUAGUGAGUUUAGUGAUAAUUUCUUUGUCUUUGGACAGAGCCAGGCUGUUUUCAGUCUUUAUGCACAGCUGAUUUAACCAGCUCUUGCUUUAUAUUUAAUUCACAGACUCAAGAGUUUUAUCACAUUUAACAGAAAACUGGAAAAGUAUAGUUACCACAGUAUCUAAAUCUAACUAUUCCUACAAGUGUAGUUUCAAUUAGGUGCCUGAAACAACAGGGAACUAACGUUAAUCUCAAGUGAGAUGCUGCUGUGCGUCGUGCUGGUCAUCUACACCAGCUCUACAAAGACACAGUGUCAACAUAAUCCAAAUUAAAACAACUUUUUGACCUUU